GUGACUGUCUCUACAGGAUCAAGUUUGAAGUGAAGAUGGAGAGACAGAAUUCCCAGCAGAGACUGGAGAAAGUAAUCCAGAACUAGUUGGAAGACUUGCAAUUUGGGGAAGUGAUCCAGAACUAGUUGGAAGUCUUGCAAGUUGGGGAAGACAAAGAAAGCUGUCUGACUAAGGCCAACAGAAAAUUGAGAGCCCAGAGAGGGGUGUUUGACUACACUUCCAAGGAGAUGAAGCAAUGGCAGACAGAUCUCGGAAGAGGGAAGCGGACGCUUGAGUGGAACCUGAAGAUGACCAUCGACAGUUUAAAUGAAGUGGAAAAACUGAAAGUUGACCUGGAAGAAGUCAUUAGGAAGAAAAAGCUGGAGAUAAGUUCAGUGAACACUAAACUGGAGGCUGAACAAUCUUUAACUGUUGCUUUUCAGGUCCGGGUGGAAGAAGCUGGUGGAGUAACUGCGUUCCAGAUUGAGAUGGCUAAGAAGCGUGAGUCAGAACUGCUGAGACUGUGGCGAGAGUUGGAGGAGUCCAAGAAGAAGCUGUCAUCUCGAUUACAGGAGGCUGAAGAGGUUGCAGAAGCAGUCCAGGCCAAGUGCUCCAACGUGGAGAGAACCAACCAGCAGCUACAAAUCGAGGAAAAGGGGAAGAAUACGGAUUCAACAGAUGAUGAGAUGGAGGUGUGGUGCCCGCACCACAUCGUCACACGGGAGCGCAUUGGACGUCUCCGGGCCCCCGCCGCAGGUGUCACCGGGAUCGCGAGCAAUCGAGACCGGCGUCGGGACGGACAGCGGACAGCGGGAGGCGGGAACCCCUCGUGCAUAACGGCCAGCCGCUCGACCCCGCCACCCAAUGGGAAAUGUCAAGCUUGGCACCCACCAAUGAGCGAUGGGGUAGCUUCACCAAUGAAGUACCAGAGUACUUCUCCAGUUAACCAAUCGCAAAUAAGCUUCUUCUUCUCAGCAAUGAGAGCGCUGCAGCCCCAAAUUCUAGCCAAUGGAAACCCGGCCAGUUCGGCACUGCACCGAAUAGAAGCGCAGUGUUAG